AUGAUUCACGGUUUUGAUGGCUGUGCAGCAGAUGAUCGAACUUUUGUUGCUGCUGUCAAGGCUUGCACGAGUCUGUCGUCGAGUGAACAAGGCCGAGAAGUUGGAGGGAGUUUCGUGAAAGUGGCAUCACUGGAGAAAGGCAUGGCUGUCCACUCUCGAGCUCAAGUUUGCAACGCCGACUCGACAACCUUCGUUAGUAACAGUGUGAUUGGUUUUUAUUUCAAGGCUGGGUGUUCUCUAGAUGCUGAAAGAGUGUUUUACAGGCUGCAAAAUCCGGAUGCAGUGUCAUGGAACAGCAUGAUACUGGGUUACGCUCAAAAUGGCGACGUUGAAGCAGCUCUCAACUUGUUCUCACAGAUGCAAGCUAUGAAAUGCAAAGCCGACGCUCGAACUUACGUAGCUGUUUUAAAGGCUUGCAUCACUCUCGCAAUAGACGAAGAGAGCACAGAAAUCAACGGGAAGCUGACCAAGAAGACGUCCUUGGAAAUUGGUUUCGCUGUUCAUUCUCAAGCUGCAAAGAGAGACUUCGACAGCGACAAUUUCGUGGGGAACAGCUUGUGUGCAAUGUACGCAAACUGUGGAAGCUUGGUGGACGCUGUCAUGGCUUUCGACAGAAUUUCUCGCCGCUGUGUGGUAUCCUGGACGACGCUGAUGAUCGGCUACGCUGAAAACGGCGAAGAAGGACUGGCUCUGGAGGUGCUCGAGUGGAUUUUUUCCGAGAAAUGCUGCACACCGGACUCGCGAACUUACGCUGCUGCACUCAAGGCUUGCAGCAACCUUGCGACGAACGAGUUAAACGAUCGAGCACUAGCGGUGAAACUUGGUGGACAUGUACGCCAAGUGUGGAAGCUUGGCGGACGCUCGGAUGGUUUUCGAGCGCAUGCCAUGUCGUGA